AGAUCACAAAGCCAGCCCCCCCGCCUCCGCCUUUGAUCUCAGCGCUGAGAGCUCGAGCUGGGGCGGCUCGCGUUGUCCGGGGCUGUUUAGGACCGACACGGUGAGCGGACCGGUGCGGGAAACGCUCCAGCACACCUCUCACCGGUCUGCUGUCGACUUUUGAACAACGUAUACCGGCGAGCUCCCGUCCGUUUUUCCGGCAGCAAGUGGCCCAUCAAGAUGUUCUGGAGGCUUCAACACACCUGGUCUCUCCUUCUAGCAGCACAGCUCAUCUGUCCAGCCCUGAUUCAUGUGAGAGCCAUGGAGGAGGCCAGAGAGUGCAGGGAACAGGAGUACAAGGACCGCUUUGGGAGCUGCAAGCCCUGCAAACAGUGUGACGCAGGACAGGAGCUCUCUAAGGAAUGUGGCUUUGGUUAUGGAGAGGAUGCCCGGUGCGUGCCCUGCCGGAGCAGCCGCUUCAAAGAGGACCGGAGUCUGCAGAAGUGCAAACCCUGCCUGGACUGCGGACCCAUCAACCGCUACCAGAAGGGCAACUGCUCCUCCACCAGCAACGCCGUGUGUGGCGAUUGUCUGCCGGGAUAUUACAGGAAGACAAAAUUGAGUGGAUUCCAAGACAUGAAGUGCAUACCUUGCGGGGAUCCUCCACCUCCUUAUGAGCCCAACUGUAGUGGGCGAGUGAACCUGGUACCCAUUCCCCCAUCGGUGACCAGCCCGCGGGACAUGGCGCUGGCUGCUGUCAUCUGCAGCGCUCUGGCUACAGUUCUGCUGGCGCUGCUGGUUCUGUGUGUCAUCUACUGCAAGAGGCAGCUGCUGGAGAAGAAGCCCAGCGCCUCUUUAAGGUCCCAGGACUGUCCUUACUUGGGGGCGGAGCUCUCCUGCCUGGAUGCCCGCUGGCUCCAUGACUUCCCCCAGAGACCUUGCUGCCAGUGUCAGCUGGGCCCAGAACACACCUGUGGUCCGGUCCACCUGAUCCCAUCUCUGUGCUGCGAGGAGAGCUGCAGUCUGGGCCGCAGUCGGGACAUCAGUCCCUUCCAGUCCCAGAUGAGUCUGAGUGAUGGAAACGCACACCUGAACGAGGAGGUUACCCCGAGGCAUCUGGAAGAUGGCCCCGAGUGUGGGGGAGAUGUCAGGAGAGGAGGUGGUUUUGAACCUUCUGAUUAUUUUGAGCCUCCUCAGUCCAUUUCUGGACAUGCUGAAGGACUUAAAGGAGAGGAGGAAGAGGGAGGGUCCGUGUCAGGAGAGGAUCCAUCGGGGAGGAGGUGUGAGGACUGUAGCAACGACGUAACUGAUGCACUUCUACCCUAACAAGUCAUGACGCAGGAAGGAUGACUUGGAUUUCUACGGCUUGUGUUCCAGCCUUGACCGAACAACAGCCACUACCCGAUUCCCUCUCAGAUUACUCACCUGUGUCCACAAACGCGUGCACGCACACACACAAUGUGAACUCUUCUACCCACAGGGUUGUAUCUUAUGAAGUCGUGGCUCAAUGACUUGUGACCGUGAAUCAAAGUGAGCCUCUGCGCCACCUCAAGAGUGUUUUUGCAUCUUCACAUGUAGGAGAACGUAAACUGUGCCGCUCGUCCUGCAGCCAGCUGGUGUUAUGAAGCUUUCGUGUGAAAAAAGUGACAGUUUGAAGAGUGAAAUGAUAACGUUGCACCUUGAAGGCAAUCCUGAUGAUGUGGAGUUAAGACGAGGAAUGUCGAAGCGAUAAACGCCAUGUAGAUACUGUAUCAUAGUAAAUAGGUGAAUAUUUUUCUAACCGACUGUAGACGUGACCCCGUGUUGGCCUUCCUCACACCAGUUAGUGUUUGUUGUAUUAUUGCUGUAAAUAAACCACUUGAACAAGA